AUGCCUUCCAAAACCCUCCCUCAAUACCAAGGCCUCCCGCCCCACACCAAUCGCUCCGGUUAUACCGUCCCAGACAUCACAUACAAGUCCCCAGCCAACCGCCGCAUGCGUGUCAUAACCAUUGGCGCCGGCUUUUCGGGUAUUCUGCUCGCAUACAAGUUCCAGAAAUCACUUCAGAACGUCGAGCAUGUGAUCUAUGAGAAGAACGGGGAAGUCGGCGGAGCAUGGUUGGAGAAUCGGUACCCAAACUGUGCUUGUGAUGUUCCCGCUCAUUCCUAUGUGUACAACUUCGCGUUGAACCCUCACUGGCCCGAACUCUUCUCUAAAGCAGACCAUAUCUGGAAGUACCUCGACCGCGUCUGCCGCGUCUUCGGUCUCCGGAAAUAUAUGCGAUUCAACCAUAAAGUAAUCAAAGCGGUCUGGAACGAGGAGACCGGGAAGUGGAACGUCGAUAUCGAGAAGACGUACGCUGAUGACUUCACCGAAGUCAUCCAUGAUCAAUGUGACGUCCUCCUCCAAGCCUCUGGCGUCCUCAACAACCCCAUCACACCCCACAUCGAAGGCAUCGAGACUUUCAAAGGCAAGGUUAUCCAUACCGCUCUCUGGCCCGACGAAUACGGCCCAGAGCAGUGGAAGGGCACCCGCGUCGCCAUCAUCGGCGCCGGCUCUUCAAGCGUGCAAGCUACGCCAGGCAUGCAGCCCUUCGUGGACCACCUCGACAUCUUUAUCCGCUCGAACACCUGGCUCUCGAAUCCGCGCUCCAUCAGACCCAUGAAGACCGUGUACGAUGCCGAAGAGCAAGCCGCCCUGGAAAAAGACCUCGGUGCUCUCGUCGACAAAGCGAGAGAGAACGAAUUCUUCGUCAACUUGAGAUGGGCGAGCAUGUUCAAAGAUCGGCCAGAGAGCAAGGUCAUGUACGAGAAGAGCGCGGAGGCUAUGGAGCAGAUCCUCGCCGAGCCACGGUUGAUUGAGAAUUUGGUGCCGGAGUUCGGCGUCGGGUGUCGGAGGACUUCGCCUGGGAUCGCGUUUAUGGAAGCGCUGAAACAGCCGAAUGUUGAUGUGCAUUUCACCCCUGUGGUGAAGAUCACGCCGGACGGGCCUGUGCGUGCGGAUGGCACGACAACGAAGGUAGAUGCGCUGAUCUGCGCGACGGGGUUUGAUACCAGUUUCCGCCCGCAUUUUCCGAUCAUUGGGCAAGAGGGCGUUUCGUUGGCGGACAAGUUCACACCGCAUCCGGAUGGGUAUUUAGGGGUGUCGGCGCCGGGGUUUCCGAAUUAUCUCAUGUUUUUCGGCCCCUCUUGGCCCAUCUUCGACGGCUCAGUAACAGAGAGUCUCAGCGCCGUCGGCGACCUCGCAAUCAAGAUGAUCCAGAAGAUCCAGGCCGAGAACAUCCGCUCCAUGGCGCCGCGCCAGGACGUCACAGAUGCCUUCAAUGAGCAUACGCAGACCAUGCUCGGCGGCACUGUGUGGGCCGAUACGUGCAGCGGAUGGUACCACGACAAGAACGGGCGCGUGACAGCGAUUUGGCCGGGCUCUGCGCUCCACUUCCAGUCCGUGAUCCGGGAGCCGCGGUGGGAGGACUUUGAAAUUAAGCAUAUGAGUAAGCAUAAUAUGUGGGAGUAUCUAGGCCUUGGGUUUACGGAGAGGGAGAGAGAUGAGAAGGCGGAUAAGGCGCCGUAUAUGAAGAAGGAGUUCUUGGAUGAGAAGUUUUAUGAUUAUGCGGCGUUUCCGGAUUAUGAGGGACCGGCGCCGACGAGGGAGAGUGCUAAGGCUACGAGAGAACAGAGGUCGGAAGGUUCUUCGAAUGGGCCUGUGAAUGGUGGGGUGGAGAAGAAAGCCGUAAAUGGGGGUUUUGCGGACGCUGAGGUUGACCAUGUCGAGGUUGAUGGUAAGGUUAGGCUUCAGGAAGGCCUCUCCGCUUGAAAUCUCUCCUGUUGCAAGCGUAAGUAUGAUCUAUAGGAGGGACGUGUACAA